AAUAUUUAGUAUUUAGAUCAUUUAAAUUACGUUGGUGCGAACUGCAGUCUUUUUUGUGAUCGGUGGGUUUCCGCCUCGUUCUCAUAUUUGAGUUCUUGGAACUUGAGGAAGGGAAUUUCAGAAAAAGAUCUUAUUUUUAAACGUCGCCCUGAUGAGGGAAAACGAAAGUCUGGCAGGGGAAUAGAAGUCAGCAGGAAUGAAAUCUUUGCAGAAACUAGCCGCAAGAAAGGCAAUUUGUGACAGACGCUGGAUAAAAGAACUCCAUUCCAUUCCCAAGGACUUGCAGCAAAUGCUUCUUGAAGAAUGUGUUGAAUCAAAUAACAUUGCAGCUUUUGAAUUACUCGUGCUAAGUACGCGGGGAAGCAUAUUAGAUUUAAAAGACAACCAACAUUUAACAGAGCAGUUUGCCUUGACGAUUUACAACUGUAUCAAAAACAAGAAUAGCCGUUGGAAAGAAACCAGAAUAACCGCCAUUGAUAUCAGUGGUUGUGAAAUUGGGCCUAAAGCGACAGAAUCAUUUGCAAAAUUGGCACUUGGUGGUACCAAAGCAAGUGGUGGCUUUGGAGUUAUUUGUUAUUUGCAAGAUUGGCUCAAUGCAGAGGUCCGUCCUCAACUGAUCAACUUGAAUUUGCAUGUAACAAAAGAUACAUUUGAAAUUGUCAAGUUAUGCUUGGAAGAGUCAGAUACUCUUAAGCCAUCUGGUUUGAAAGCAGAAGCUAUUGGUAUAAAGCGCAUAUGUCAGUUACUUGACCAAAUUAUUGAAAAGGGUUUGGAGUUGCUGGAUCUCGAUGUGUAUAUGAAUUCAUUGAUGAGGGAUGGAGUAUCGCAAUUAUGCAAACGUCUUAAGAACUUGAAGGGACUGAGGAAACUCAAUCUUGGUUAUCCUAUGAUAUCUGAAGAAGAUGGGGACGUGGUAGUCGAGCUGUGUGCUUGUUUGCGAAAAAUGACGAACUUGCAAGAGCUCAAACUUGACGCUGCGACCUUGGGCCACCAUUUUAUGUUAGUACUAAACAGUCUCAGCGCAGGAAAUCUGCGUCACUUGGAUCUAUCUCACUGUGGACUUGAAGGAGCAUUAAUUCAAGUUCUUGCAGAUGUUUUGAAGAAUUCUCCCAUUCAAACGCUUAAUUUGCGCUAUAACAGAUUAAAAUCAGACCAAGAAUUUGGCUCUUUGCUCCAGCUGCUGACAAACUCCGAGCAAACACUUGAAAGGCUAGAUAUCAGCCACACAGGAAUGACAUAUGAUAACAUGGUGCGUCUUGUGGAGUUUUUUGAGGGCAGUGGAUCUCGUAUGAAGUUGCAGGCGCUUAUAAUGGCGAGCAAGGAAAUCCAAAAUGAUUCAAUGUUGCUUGAAAGGAUGAAGAGUGCGCUGAAAGGUGCACAGAUAAUUUGGAACUGAUAUUCUUUACCUUGGCAUAAUAACUUUUGCAAGGACUGUAGAGACCGGGGGGAGGGAGGCAUUUGCUGCCAGUAAUUUUCAAGCGUUUUGCUGCUAUUUACAUGAAUGAUUAAGUAA